GCCCACUGCUGUCAUUUAAGUAGAUCUCCGCUUUUCAAGACAGCUCUUCACCAAUGCCUGAGAAACAACGAUUAACAGUGGCCAGACGCGAUCAAUAUCAUAAAAAGUUUCAUGAAAAGGAUUAUGCUGACCAUCCAAACGACAAGGCAAAGGUGUUUUUGUUCUUACUGAGUUUUAUUCUUUGUGAAUGAAGCGGUCUCCCAUUACUUUGUGAGAAUGCAAGAGUCGGUGCUGCUGAAUGUGGGUUUCUUCGCUAAAUCAUGCGUCGUGCUCGUGUGUCUCUGCGGGGUUCACCUCAUCGUUGCACUGUUUUUUUAUUUAACAGUGUCAACUUCUACAAAAUUUUAUUACCGGCAAAUACCGUCAGACUCUCAUAUAGUUACUUCACAAACUCACAGAAGAGCCGCACUUGACAUCUAUGCCAACGGAACUGUAGAAACAGACCUAAAUAAACUGAUUUAUAUUAAUGCAAGUGUCAUUAAAGAUGACGUGGAGGAACCCGCAGUACUAGAACCGUGUCCUGAGACGUCACCACUUUUGGAGGGUCCAUUGCAAGUUGAAUUUUCUGAGCCAGUGAGUUUGGAAAUGGUACGUAAAGAAAAUCCACAGCUAAUGAUGGGCGGCAGGCAUAAACCCAGCGAUUGUGUGGCUCUGCAAAAAGUGGCAUUAAUCAUCCCAUUCAGAAACAGAGAUGAACACCUGAAGUAUUGGCUCCACUACCUUCACCCCAUCCUACAGAGACAGCAGCUUGAUUAUGGGAUUUAUGUCAUAGAACAGGAUGGAGUGGACACAUUCAACAGGGCGAAACUGCUCAACGUGGGUUACGUAGAGGCACUAAAGGAGUACAAUUAUGACUGUUUCAUCUUCAGUGAUGUAGACAUCAUCCCUAUGGACGACCGCAACACUUACAAAUGCUCCAGCCAGCCGCGCCACCUCUCUGUGUCCAUGGACAAAUUUGGUUUUAGGUUGCCAUAUAAACAGUAUUUUGGGGGUGUAUCAGCAAUGAGUAAACAGCAGUUUCAAAAGAUUAAUGGCUUUCCUAAUAACUACUGGGGCUGGGGAGGAGAAGACGAUGACAUCUUUAACAGGCUGUCAUUUCAAGGCAUGAAAAUAUCAAGGCCGAGUGGAGACAUGGGUAAAUGCAGAAUGAUUCGUCACUCGAGAGACAAGAAAAAUGAGCCAAACCCACAGAGAUUUAAGAGAAUUACUCACACAAGACAGACAAUGAACACGGAUGGCAUCAACUCACUCAAAUACAAAGUGAUAAAUAUAGAGAAAGACCAACUCUACACCAAAAUCACAGUGGACAUCGGCAAACCAUGAAAACCCUACAGAGCUCAGAAGAAACAUGCAUCUCGCUGCAACUCUUCAGGGAUCUUUAGACUGCACAGCCGAAUCGGUUCAAACCUAGUGAACAACAAAGAAAAAAAUAUUUUUAAAAGAAAAUCAUUGAAAAACUCCUAAGUUCUUCUUAUUCUUCUAAGUGAAAGAUGAAUUAUAGUUUUUAACAUUCCUGAAGGGGGAACUUAGACUCACCUGUGUGCCUCAUAUGCAUGUAAAUUGUAUGUCCCACACUUUAAUGAAGCUCAACUUAAGUCUUGUAAAUCUUCCAUGCAAAGCAGCAGGUGAAGAGCACGCCUCAGGGAACAACUGAAUACUGUGAGUAUUGCAAUGACUAACACAACACUGCACACCAGCGUUGGGCACAUUACUUUAAAAAAGUAAUUAGUUAUAGUUACUAGUUACUUCUCAUAAAUAGUAACUGAGUUAGUAACUGAGUUGCAUCAUUAUAAAAGUAACUAAUUACCAGGGAAAGUAACUAUUGCGUUACUUUUUUUUUCUUUUUCCAAAUAUGUCAAAUAACUUGGAUGCCCCCAAUAUUAAAUAUGUUAAAUGAGUGAAAUGGACCCUAAAUAGAAAAAAAUAUUAUUAUAAAACAAUGUGGGACAAUGUGAGAGACACCUAUCAAAUUCAAUAUAUUAUUGUAAAUAUUAUCAUUACUAUACAUGGAACAAUAAAACACAAUAGAUUGUUUAGAACUUUAUAUUUAUUGCACAGACCAUAACUGGCCAACAAAUAAGUCAAAAAAUAAAUGAUGCUUGAUCCGACUCGUAACAUGAUCCACUCUUGCUCACGACAUGAAAUUUCUCUGUACUACACUAUACGUGGUAACCAUUAAACAAGUUUUGAUUUGUAGAAAGCCUUUCUUUUAAGUGAACUUCGUUUUGUAAAAAUUGUAUCUUAAUUUUAAUCAUUGUUUAAUCAACCAAUUGCCUGGAUUAAUAAAUAAAUAAGAAGCAAAUAUAGCAGACAAUAUAAUCAUGACAUGGAGGCGCCGGCGCGAUCACUUGCACGUGAACUGGAGUGCGUCUUAUAGACUAAAUGAACUGAAACUCAGCGUAUAGUCUGCUUGCCUCGCAGACAUGACAAAUAUAUAUACAGAAAGCUUGAAAUGUCUACUUUUAAACAAAAUAAUUCAAAACGAAAAGAAAUAGGCUACUCUCUGAUUAUGUAAUGCGAAUGAAUUGUGCAUUCUCUCUCUAAGCGUGUCCACAUGCAGAGAUGAUGAGAGUCAGUUAUGUCAACUUCAUUUUUGCAGCCGACACUGAUUCAGAAAACAUUAGUUUAUAAAUAAACAAUUAAAAUGUCUCCUUGCUGUUUUUUGUCACAUUCAUAAUCAUUACUUUUGCCGGUUCUUUAUGGCAAGCUUUAUGCGUGCGCUUGAGUGAUAGCUAUUACGUAAACGCUCAUUAUUAUGGUUUAUUCUCUCCAGUAGGCCUAUUUAAGAAAUUAAAUGUGAUUAGUCAACUAAUGAUUUAAAUGAACAACUACUAGUCAACUAGAAAAAACUUAUUUCACAUAUUUCGAUCCAGCAUGUCACAAAGGGUAUUCUGGUUUGAGCUUGCGCUCCGCUUGCAUGCUCUGACACACACACCGAGCAUCGUACAUUAUUAUCAGUUUAAAAUUGUAUUUGUGUAUGACUAACCUGUACUAUUUCUUUAUAACAAAACACUUUGCAGGUCUAUCAUCUCUAGUCACACACACCAAUCAUCAUCAGUUUGCAUGUGUCCCACCCCAAAACACACACCAGAGAAAAAACUUUGCAGGUCCUAUGGCUGAGAGAGAGCCUACUCGGAUGAAAACCAAUUCAGUGAGCUCAAUUAUAGUAACGCCGCAUUUUAAUGUCAGUAAUGGUAACGGCGUUGUAACAGGGGAAAAAGUAAUUCGUUUGAUUACUCGUUACUGGAAAAAGUAAUGCCGUUAGUAACACUGUUUAUUUAUAACGCCGUUAUUCCCAUCACUGCUCCUUACAAAACCCCUUACAGAGCUUUUCAUUUACUUAAGACAUAUUUUGGUAGUAAAUAUGCAUUGGUAGUUUGAUCUUUCAAGUCUAACUUUACAUUAGUGUCCAUGUUACUAUGCUAAGUACUCAAGCACUGAGUAAUACUGUAUCAAUGAACAAAAUGUAUUCAAUACAUUGGUAUUGUUUUACAAUAUCAUAUACAUAACAGACACUCUUGUAAAGUGUUAUUUUCCCAGUAGAAUAUCAUUUUGAUUGGUGGGGGUUGUGUAUGCCUUAGGCAAAUAUUUCACACUAGGUCCUAUUAUUUGUUACUGAUAUUAUUUGGAGGGAAAAUAGCUGUAGCUCAAUAAAUAAACAAAUCAUGAACAA